AUGUUGUUUUCAUUUUCUUUUAUCAUCUUAUGCCAAACAUUCCUACAUGUAUAUGGAUGGGGUGGGAUUGGUCAUAGUAUAGUUGUGCAGCUAGCUCAAAGUCAACUGACAGGUUCGGCACCAGAGUGGAUUCGAUCUCUUACUCCAUGGCAUUGGAAUGGAAAUUUAAGUGCAAUGGCAUCAUGGGCUGAUAGUAUUCUUUACGCAGAUACAAAUCCGACUGGUUUUGGUAAUUGGCAAUGGACUCGACCAUUCCAUUACAUAAACGUACCUGAUUGGAAUUGUAGUUAUGAUGUCAAUAGAGAUUGUAUUAAUGAUGUUUGUAUCGAUGGUGCAAUUAGAAAUUAUACGAAAAGAUUACAAAGUUCUCUUGAUCAUAUACAACAUGAAGAAGCACUUUAUUUUCUUAUUCAUUAUGUUGGUGACAUACAUCAACCAAUGCAUACUGGAUUUAAAAGUGAUUAUGGUGGUAAUAGUGUUCGAGUUCGAUUUAUGAAUAGAACAGCAUUAACUAAUCUUCAUUCUCUCUGGGAUUCUGGUAUGAUAGAUUAUCGUAUUCAACAAGAUUUUAAUAGAAAUUCAAGUAGGUAUUAUGAAUUUAUUCAUGGACUAAUGGUUCGCCAGUUUAUACCACCUAAUGACGAUGAUAUUCAACAGUGGAUAAGUGAAAGUUUGAAUUUUAUUUGUCAAGAAGCUUAUUUUGAUGAUGCAAACAGAACAAUGAAUGCUUCAAUGACAUUUAAUUUAACUGAAAAUUAUUUCAGACGUGUUUAUCCAAUAUUUGAGCAACGUCUUGCUGCAGGUGGACGUCGACUUGGAGCACUUCUCAAUCGAUUAGCACUAGCACCAGGAUCAACACAAGCACCAGCAUCAGGAUCAACACAAACACCAGCAUCAGGAUCAUCACAAGCACCAACACCACCACCUUCAGCAACAGAUAAACUAUGCUUGAAUAUAUAUAUUUUGACUGCUGUUUUCUGUUUUGAAUUUAUCUUAAGUAUAACUUUGAGAAUUAUCUAA